CAAAAUGGCAGUCAGUUGGCCGUUAAGUGGCAUGAUAAACGUGACGUUCAUAUGCUCACCACUGUUCAUUCAUCAGUGAUGUCAGCCACGGCAAGGAUUGAUCAUGCCACCUGGGAGAGGAAACUCAAGCCAGCUUGUGUUCUUGACUAUAACAAGAAGAUGGGGGCUGUGGACAAGGCGGACAUGGUGAACAGCUUUGUCGAAUGUGCCAGGAAGACUACCAAGUGGUAUAAGAAAGUCUUCUUUCACUUGGUAGACACUGCUGUUCUCAAUGGCCACAUCGUCCACCGUCAACAGUCUGGGAGAGUCAUCCCUUACCAGGAAUACAGACUGAACUUGAUGAAACAGCUGCUCGAGGUGCAUCAUACACCUCGACGCCCAUCCACCGGUGGCCGUCCCACAUCAGACAAUCCUCUGCGGUUGACUGCCAGGCACUUUCCCUCGGAGGUCCCUCAGACUGCUACCCAAGGAAGCAGGACCAGGAGGAAGUGCAAGGUGUGCACUUCUACCUCGCGUCGGAGAAAGGAGAGGAAAGUGACAAAGUUCAUGUGUGUGGCAUGCAACGUUGCCUUGUGUGCUGCCCCAUGUUUUGAGGAGUAUCACACACUCAAACAUUAUUAAACACCCAUCGUUCUACCUUGGCCGUUGAGCGGGAUUUAAAAGCCAACGGUUCAAGCAGGACGUUCACAUGACAUCUUGGUGAGGGGUCAUGCCACAACAACUGAUCAAGCCAACAGAUCUCCCGUUCUACCUUGGCCGUUGAGCGGGAUUUAAAAGCCAACGGUUCAAGCAGCAGGUUUGUAUGUGACUUUCUGCCUUGGCGUUGAGCGGGAUUUAAAAGCCAACGGUACAAGUAGCAGAUUUUCAACACUCCCUGCAUUAUACAUAUACACAUAUA